AUGCUGGAAGCCUUUGAAAUCUUGACCACGUCUGGGGUGGUGCUGUGGUCCAAGUCAUACGCUCCUGUGGGGACGCAUGUCAUUAACAGCCUGAUCAACGACGUUUUUAUCGAGGAGAAAGUCGUUCCCCAGAAUGCUGCUAUCAGCGGCGCAUCGCCAAUAUUCAAGAAGGAGAAAUAUACCUUGAAGUGGAAGAAGGUCAAGGAUUUUAAUCUGAUUUUCGUGGCAGUUUAUCAGUCGCUGCUUCACCUGGGAUGGAUCGACAAGCUCUUGGAAAACAUUUCGACAAUCUUUAUCGACCUCUACAAGGAUCAGUUGAAGGGAAACCGGAGCAGGAUCACCACGUAUCGAUUCGACCCUUACUUUGAGCAACAAGUGCGCGAGCUCGAGGACAAUACUGGUAGUGUCGCAGAGACACAUGUGGCCGAGACGGGAGAGAAAAAUGACCCGCUUGUCUCAUCGGACAAUGGCGGUCCUCCGCCGCCACCGGUUCCGGGCCUGGUGAAAGCGCAGCACCAUGCUGCGCUAGCCGGGGCGACCUCUGAUGAGGCCACGCCACCGACAACUCCUGAUAUUUCUAGGUCUUCAACUCCCACGGGCCACAUCCUUACUGGAAAGUCUGGUCCCGGUGGCCGGGUCUCUCGUCGUGCGCGCAAGGCCGCCAACGCAAGCGCCAACGUUUCCUCUGGUGACGAGCAUACCCGGAAAGGAAAAACAGCCAAGGGCGGCACGAAGAAGAUGCGCAAGUGGGAUGCCGACGGAUAUGCCGACGAAGAUGACGGCGAGAUUUUGGAUUACUCUGCCCCAGCAGAUGAUACUAGUACUGCCGCGCCCGCGGUGGAAGCCGUCUCUCAAGACACCUGGGGCCGGAAGACCGGUAAAGGCCAAUUCGUCCUGAAGGAACUGGGCGAGGAGGUCCAUUCCAUCCUGGACAACGCCGAUGCCCAAAAGUCCAAAGACAGCGCAUCCUCUGGUGUUGUUGGCUCCGGCUUCAACGUAAUUGGCGGUUUCUUCCGCAAUAUCGUCGGUGGCAAGGUUUUGACGGCGGCGGAUUUGCAGAAGCCUCUUAAAGCGAUGGAGGACCACCUUCUCAAGAAGAACGUCGCCCGUGAAGCAGCGGUCCGGCUCUGCGAGGGCGUCGAGCGAGAGUUGGUCGGAAAGAAGACUGGAAACUUUCAAAGUGUUGAUGCCGCAUUGCACAUCGCGAUGGAGUCAUCUUUGCGCAAGAUCCUGACGCCGACCUCUUCUCUAGAUCUCUUGCGGGAAAUCAACGCCGUGACGGCACCUACCACCAAGCAGCAUGCACCUCGGCCCUAUGUCAUGUCGAUUGUGGGUGUUAACGGUGUGGGCAAGUCGACCAACCUGAGCAAGAUCUGCUUCUUCCUCCUGCAGAACAACUACCGAGUGCUCAUUGCAGCCUGCGAUACUUUCCGCUCUGGUGCCGUGGAACAACUCCGCGUGCAUGCCCGCAACCUGAAGGAGCUUAGUGCCCGCGAGAACGUCGGCGAGGUCGAGCUGUACGAAAAGGGCUAUGGCAAAGAUGCGGCGAACGUGGCCAAAGAUGCAGUCGACUACGGCGCGGCAAACCAGUUCGACGUCGUCCUGAUCGACACUGCCGGCCGCCGCCACAACGACCAGCGGCUCAUGUCGUCGCUCGAGAAAUUCGCUAAGUUCGCCCAGCCGGACAAGAUUUUCAUGGUGGGCGAGGCUCUAGUUGGUACAGACAGUGUCAUGCAGGCCCGCAACUUCAACCAGGCCUUUGGGACUGGCAGGAAUUUGGACGGGUUCAUUAUUAGUAAGUGUGACACUGUCGGCGAUAUGGUUGGAACACUGGUUAGCAUGGUUCAUGCGACGGGGAUACCCAUUGUCUUUUUGGGUGUUGGCCAGCAUUACGGGGAUUUGCGCGGGCUCAGUGUGCCCUGGGCCGUCAGCCUGCUGAUGAAGUGA